AUGUCAACAAAUCUCCACCUUGCGACGGUGGUUCUCUUCUUCCUCACGGCAAGCCAAAGCGGCAUAGCGAUGGCUCGCCCCAUGGUUCCCGGUGCGCGGGAUCCAUGCGCCGUGUCGGAUUUCAAGGUGUUGUGCAGAUCAGUCGUGAAGGGCCAAAAGAACGUCAACGCAGCGACGGAAGUGUCCAUCAGAGAGCUGAUGAAGAGGACGAUCAAGGCAAAACAAGCCGCAGCGACUGGCCGGAAAAGUGGAGGAGGACUCAAGACUUGCUUCUCAAACUACGAUAAUGCGCUUGAAAAUCUACAAAAGGCGUUGAAUAACAUUAAAGAGAAUGAUGGAUUUAGCCUUAACAUCAACCUCAGUGCCUCAUUGACCCAGUUUGAUACGUGCAGCGACGCCAUGGGCGGUGAUAAGGCGUCGAAUACUGUCUUCGCUAAAUCUACAAGCACCUUGCAUGAAAUGGCUGAUAACUGCUUGGCCCUCUCUACCCUUGUUAAACAAUAA